UUAAUUUACAGGGUACUCCAUUGAACUUCGGGUCCUGCUUUACUCACGUCGUUUGCGUUCGUGUCCGGAAAUGGGAAUCUAUGCGGUCUGUCCUUUACGAAGUAUUUACUUUCACUUUGUAGCCAUCUAAUAUCAUGUGAACGAUUUGUUUUAUCGAGUCGUACAACUCGCCGAAUACAUUACGUUCACAUAAAUUUGACUGUAGGUGCGGUGCAAUGGCAGUGGAGUGUGUGUAUACUCGAUUUCAUUCCUACGACUUCGAAAAAGAUAAGAAUUUCUUAAACGGCUUAAAAACUCUUCACAUGAAUGAAGAAGACCGUGGGUCUAUGCUGAAGUUGAAAAUAUUCUUUUACAGCAGGUUUGUUGAGCCCAUCACCAUUGAGGGUUACCAACAGUGGAUCACCUCUCAUGCACCAUCUCCAUCUCAGGCAACAGAGGCACAAAGUGUCCCUGGAUUAAGUGAUAAUUGCUCUGGUUUAUUUAGGAAAUGCGAGGAAGAGACCGUUAUAACUGACCAGAUAUCUGAGUUGUAUUCCAUAGACAUUUGUUACCGCAAUAAAGAUGAAGCUUCUAUGUGCCAGCAUGCUUGCACCCUCUCCACUGCCUUGGAUUCGGGGUCAUCCACAUCAUUGUCCUUUGCAGAGGUUUUCCAGCUGAUCCAGAGAGGUGAAGAGGUGCCAGGGCUGCAGAAACUUGACAUCAGACCCUGUCAUCAACCACCCACCGCCUCCCAAAUGCACCGGAGGCCAAAACCCUGGGAGAAGGCUGACUCACCCUGAGUGUCUUACCCAUAGCUCAGAAUUUACAGGCCACUACUCAGUAAUUUCACAUGAAAAAUAAAUGAUUUCAUUUGAUCUGGGAGAAUUAUAAAAACUUUGUGGAGUAUCAGUAGUUUUAGUUUAACAGUGGAACACAGGAACAAGCAGUAGUGGGCUAUCUUUCUUUGUCCUUAGGUGUUGUGUGUAUGUAUAAAUGUAAUAUAAACUGAAUUUAAAGUCUACUUAAAUUUGAUUGAUCAACAUUUACAUUGGGCACAAUUACCUCAGUGUGAGAGUAUGAUUAGUACUUCCAGGAUUAUACUCAAUUUAAAAAAAAAAAAAAUGUAUUGCCAACAGAGUUUUUUAGAGUGAUAUUCUUAUUAGCCUGGGUUCUGUUGAUCCAGUAUCAUAAUGUAUUCAGUGAUGAGAGUUCUAAGCACUGGCUAAGGGCAUCUGCCAAAUUCUGUAAAUGUAAGUAUGAAAGUUAAAUAUUGGUGUAAAAACAGGAGGCUACAAACUCAUUUGUCCGGGAGCUUCAAUAAAAGUCUAUUCUCUUGUA